AUGUCAAACAGUGCACAACAAGAAGCAGCUGUUUCACCCUCAAUAAAUCAUCACGAUGCAAAGCAAUGGCAACAUUGCUCAUUAUUUAAUUUAGAUCUAUUUCAUGAUGAUACUCAUCAGUUAGAUUUAACCAAAAAUAUAAUUAACAAUAAAAAUAUUGUUGGUUGCUGUUGCUCAUCAUCAACACCCAAUGUUGAUGAUUCAUGCGGAAAAAAACAUUUAAAUCAUUCAUGUUCAUAUGCUGUUAUACAAAAAAAUUAUACAACACAACUUGAACAUGUUGCUGAGACAUUGUUAGCAAAUGAAAAUAAAACAUCAAAUAAUUGUUAUUACUGUUCAAGUCUUGAUACUAAUGAUACGAAAACUCAAUCGUUUAAUCGAAAGAUUCUUCUUGAUUCCACAGCUAUACUCGAUAGUUUACUUCGAAAUAAUCUAAAAACAUCAUCAGCCAUAACCUAUUCAAAUAAUACUCUAACAACCAAUGCUACUUCAACAGGCAAUCAACGACGAUGGCAUUCUGAACGUGGUAGUCGUCAUCCAAAUGUUCGUGCUAAUUUACCAUUAACACCCGCUCAACGACAAGUUCUCGAACGUUAUAUGAACUAUCCAUUAAUAAAACCACCGACAACACUCCAUUCUACACGUCGUUUGUAUAAUCAAGCAUUAACAGGUAAAGCAGGUGAAGCGACGGGUACCGCUCUUUCAGCUCUUGCCGAACAGCCAACAACUACAUCAUCUACGAUGGUUCACCUUCGAAAAAAUAGUGUACCAUCAAAUCAUACACGUCCACUAUCAUCAACAUCAUCAUCGACAUCAGCGGCAUCUCAUCAUAGCACAUUAAAUAGACGUUUUUUAACAGAUACAAUUAAAUCUCAAGAAAAUUCUGAUGAAGAAAAUGAUGAUAAAUCAAUAUCAUCUGAGCUUGACCCUAAAAUUGACGAAGAACAUAGUGAUAUUGAUCCCACUAUUAUUUUACUGAAUCAUCAUACAAGUUUAUGUGAAACAUUAUCUGAAUGCAGUAUAUGUUGCGAAAUGAAACGUCUCCAAAAACGAGCUUGUUGUAAUUUUUAUGCCUGUUCGACAUGUUUAAAUAUUUAUAUUGAAGAACAGAUUAAAAGAGGUAUUGUUCGAAUACAAUGUCCAAAUCAACAAUGCAAAAUCUAUAUGCAUCGAGAUGAAAUAUAUAAACGAUGUAUAUCACCAGAAUUACGACAAAAAUUUACACGAUUUUUAGUUGACGCAAAUCGUGCAAAUAAUAUAAAAACAUGUCCAAGAUGUUCAAAUAUACAUGAAAUAGAUCCAGAAGUUUUUCGUAUGAUGCGUCGUGCACCAACAAAAGUUCAAUGUGUUGAAUGUAAUUUAAUUUGGUGCUUUCAAUGUCAUUCACCUUGGCAUGAUGGUAUACAAUGUAAAGAGUUUCGUCGGGGCGAUCGAAUGUUAAAAAAAUGGGCAAGAGAAGUUCAUUAUGGACAACAUAAUGCGCAACAAUGUCCAUCGUGCAAAGUAUAUAUUCAGCGAACUAAAGGAUGUGAUCAUAUAGUUUGUCUACGAUGUAAAACAGAAUUUUGUUAUAAAUGUGGUGGCCGCUUUCGAGAUAUUAAAUUUAUAGGUGAUCAUUACAGUGAAUUAAGUGUACUCGGUUGCAAAUAUCGUUUUUAUCCAGAUCAUCCAUUUAAACGUCGUCUUAUACGAGGUUCAAUUCUUUGUGGAAAGAUUUUAGCAGCACCUAUCAUUCUUUGUUUGGCUGCGGUUGCUGGUGCUGCUUGUGUUGGCGUUGGGCUUCCAGCUUAUUGUUGUUUUAUGCUUGUUAGACAUGUUAAAACUAAACGAAGACGACCACAUUCAAAACUAAAAGAACCUGUUUUGAUGAGUUAUAAAACAUUGAAUGAUAUGGUACCUCAAUUAAUACCACGUGAUCCACUGAAUAGUGAUGGUGUUAAACCAGGUUUUAAUUCAAUUCGAUCAAAUAUUCAAAUCAACGAGACAAAUAAUGUAGACAUUGAUCCAACUAGUAAUGCUCCGAUAGCUGUGUUUGAUGAAUGUGAUAUUCAUAUUCCAACAAGACAAACUGAAGAAUCCACACCAAUGCCAAUAACUUCUCUAUCGCCUUCAUAUCUUUCAAUGGCAUCACCGAGUUUUCCUCGAUUAACACCUUAUACUACACUAAGAAGAUCACCGUCGAAAAUCAAUAUAUAA